UCUCCACCUCUCUUAUAACCACCAUCAACCUCCUUUUUACCUCCGUAUAUAUUUAUUUUCCCCUGGUAUCAUUAGAAGCAUGUCAAUUCAGCUGCCAAAGAAGUCAGCGGUCCUCGCGCUGACCCUGAUCGGCGGGAUUUCGGCCCUCCAAAUUCCCCUGCUCCAAACAGCAGAACAGCUCCCCCUCGGCGAGACCCGCAAGGCUCUCGUUAGCUCUUCGGAGCUCCAGGACCACAUUCACAGUAGUAACCUCCUGGAUCGAGCUGAGACUCUGUACAGCAUUGCAGAACAGAGCGUGGAUGAAUACAACCACCCAACUCGCGUGAUCGGCAGCAAGGGACAUCUUGCUACGGUUGACUACAUCUAUUCCACAAUUGUCGGCCUAGGCGACUACUACGAGGUCUCUAACCAGUCCUUCCCAGCGGUGUCGGGAAAUGUGUAUGAGUCUCGGCUCGUUAUCGGACAUGACGUGCCCGCCUCCGCCCGCCCUAUGGGGUUAACCCCCCCAACCAAGAACAAGGAGCCAGUUUAUGGACAGCUUGUGCUCGUCUCAAACCAGGGAUGCGAGCCAUCUGACUACCCUUCUAAUUUGACCGGUGCCAUUGCUUUGAUCCAGCGUGGCAGCUGUCCAUUUGGCACGAAGUCGGAGCAAGCUGGCAAGGCCGGUGCUGUCGCUGCUGUGAUCUACAACAAUGAAAAGGGAGACGUCAGUGGAACUCUGGGGACCCCUUCGCCAAACCAUGUGGCCACCUUCGGCAUUUCCGAUACCGAUGCCGCGCCCUUUAUCCAGCAGCUCCAGGAGGGGAAGAAAGUCGAUUCGAUUGUGUACAUUGACGCGAUGGUUGAAACCAUCAUGACUACGAACAUCAUCGCGCAAACCAAAGAAGGGGACCCGGACAACUGUGUGAUGCUCGGCGGCCACUCCGACAGCGUGGAGGAAGGGCCUGGUAUUAAUGACGACGGAUCGGGCACCAUCAGUCUUUUGGAAGUAGCCACCCAGCUCAGUCAGUAUUCAGUGAAGAAUUGUGUCCGCUUUGCGUGGUGGGCUGCUGAAGAGGAAGGUCUUCUUGGCUCCGACUACUAUGUUUCUACCCUCACCGAGGCUGAGAACAUGAAGAUCAGAGUGUUCAUGGACUACGACAUGAUGGGCAGUCCUAAUUACGCGUACCAAGUGUACAAUGCCACGAAUGCGGCUAAUCCGAUUGGGUCGGAGGAACUGCGUGAUCUGUACACCGAGUUUUAUACCUCGCAUGGCUUGAACUUCACCUAUAUUCCGUUCGAUGGACGAAGCGACUACGACGCUUUCAUUCGGAAUGGAAUCCCUGGCGGUGGCGUUGCUACCGGCGCGGAAGGCGUCAAGACCAAGGAGGAGCAGGAAAUGUUUGGUGGUGUUGCUGGUGACUGGUAUGACCCCUGUUAUCACCAGCUCUGCGAUAACCUGGAAAACGUAAACGAAACUGCGUGGGAAAUCAAUACCAAGCUUAUCGCCCACUCGGUUGCGACAUACGCUGUGUCGUUGGACGGAUUCCCCAACAGGACAGGGGUGACUAGCAACGUCAUGGGCAUUGAUGAAUCCAAGUACCACGGACACAAGCUACGCAUGUAAACUAUUGACCGGAGUUGUGGAUCGGGUGGUUCACUAGAGGGAUAGAUAAUACGAACGUACAUGGCGCACGUUUUGGGUGAGAUUAUGUUAAUAGACUGCCUACUGUGAUUGAUCAUCAGAGACAAGGCGUAGCUAGGCAGCAGCUGAGUAGAGUACGUACUCCAUGUAUCCAGGAAUGCUUCUUAUCUUCGAUGGUGACACCCCUUUUCCACGGGACAUCUUUCCGAGGCAUUUUCAGCACAGAGGAUUAGUAAAAUCCCAUUUGCACCUGGAA